GGUUCUAACUCCUCCCACUCACUCCUCCGCGCUCGUGCCGUGUGUUCGUGACGUGUAUCACCGAGGAGCAAAGCUAGGUGGCUAACAUGAAGCUAGCUGACCGUAUCAAGUGACUCGAGACGAAUCUAAACGUGAACCGUCGGUACUUCGGCAGCCAUGGUGCGUCUCUCGCUCACCGAAGGAGACCGACGGCACGACAUAAGUAUGAUGCGCUUCUUCUCUCUGCUCGCCGCCGCCGCGGUGCUGUUGUUGUCGGUCCGAGUCGCCGCCGAACCGGAGGAGCACAAACCGGCACUAGAGGCAGCCCCGCAGGAGAAAGCCUCGAGCCCCCACCCCAUCAGUCCGCUGGUGUCCGAGGAUGGCUCCUCUGGCAAAGGGAACCUGGGCUUCAUCCACGCCUUCGUGGCCUCCAUCUCCGUCAUCAUUGUCUCUGAGCUGGGCGACAAGACGUUCUUCAUCGCGGCCAUCAUGGCGAUGCGCUACAACCGCCUCACCGUGCUGACGGGCGCCAUGCUUGCCCUCGGACUCAUGACCUGCCUCUCGGUGCUGUUUGGCUACGCCACCACCAUCAUCCCGAGGAUCUACACGUACUACGUGUCCACUGCGCUGUUCGCCAUCUUCGGUGUGCGCAUGUUGAGGGAGGGGCUUAGGAUGAGUCCUGACGAAGGCCAGGAGGAGCUGGAGGAGGUGCAGGCCGAGAUCAAGAAGAAGGACGAAGAGCUCCAGAGGUGCAAACUGGCCAACGGGACUCCAGAUGUGGAGGCUGGCACGGCCUCUCCUAAGGGGAAGUGGCACAGCAUCGUCUCGCCCAUCUUCCUCCAGGCGCUCACGCUCACCUUCGUGGCGGAGUGGGGCGACCGCUCGCAGCUGACCACCAUCAUCCUGGCCGCUCGGGAGGAUCCCUUUGGGGUCGCCGUGGGAGGAACUCUGGGCCACUGCCUGUGCACCGGGCUGGCCGUGGUCGGGGGGAGGAUGAUCGCCCAGAAAAUCUCUGUCCGAACAGUUACGAUCAUCGGAGGGAUCGUUUUUCUGGCCUUCGCCUUCUCCGCCCUCUUCAUCAAGCCAGACGCCGGGUUUUAACCCAAACAAGGAAUUCCAGGUUUUUUCUGUACAUACGCGUAGGAUUUGUCGGCGUUGCCGUAGAGACGGUUGUUUUGACCACGUGACCUCCUCCUCCCUCCCCCCCUCCCCUGAACUAGCUUUGAAAUCACUAAAUAAUGUCGUAAUGAUCAAUGCAUCAACACAAACUCUUCUGAAGAGACAGAUGUUACAGAUGUUAGUUGGGAGAGAAUGACACUCGGUUCUUGAGACUUUGAGCUUCUGCCUUUGGUUGUUUUUUGGUUAUUUUUCCCACAUGUAAUAAAAUCCCAUACGGGCCGACUUUACGUGAGAUGUUUGAUUUGUCACUUUGAGGGAAGAACCGCGCAAGAUUAAAAGACGGCUGAUUGUGUAAGGUUCUUCUACAGAACCUCUUUACCUUUGUGGAUCUGUAUUUUCUUCUCAUUUAAUCUCAUGUUGAUUUAUGCAAUUGAUGUAAAUUUAAAAUAUCCUUUUUAAAAUCACCAAACUAACUGAUGGAGACAUGAUUAUUCUGCUCAUCGUCAUGGAUAGAACCACCUUGGAAUAAGAUCAUCAUGCAGCUUUUGCACUGCCUGCAUAAAAUAACAAGACGUUAAAUCUCUGUAUUUUGCAGUGGAGUCUGGUUACUUUAUUUAUACUUUUUACUUUUCUGUACUAUCGAAACCAGGAGAGAGACGUCGUCACAAACAUGGAAUCAAAAUGUUUUUUUAAAAGGUAAAUCGAUUAAAGAGGCAUCGUCAAUGUUUGUCGGGCUGUGACAUGUA